ACUCCCGGUCUCCCACCACACUGCCGCAGCACAGCCAAGGCCUCCUCGGCUCACACAAAUCAAAGCACAACGGAGGGAAACCCAAAGCCACUCACUGUCCUCUCCGCUCGCUCUCCCACUCCCCCCUGUCUGUCCCUCCCUCCCUCCUGCUCACCACCAUCAGACCAGCCAUGGCCGCAUAGCUAGCUAAGCUAAGUUCGGCUAGAAGCCUGGUAGAAGCGGGAAGGACGGUGCGGGCAUGGGCUGCUGCGUCAGCAAGAAGCGCGGCGAGCCGCCGGGCGCGGCCGAUGGGAGGAAGGCCGUCGAGGCCCGGGACCUGCCGCCGCCCGAGGAGGAGAAGGUCAAGGAGGUGCUCUCGGAGACGCCGCGCGUCAAGCCGCGGCCCAGGCCCAGGCGCGUGGCCGGUGGCGCUGUGGUGGCGCCGUCGGCGGAGAAGGCCAGGGCCAAGGAUGGCGGCACCGCCAGGGCGAAGGACGGGCAUGGCGUCGGCGGCAGGGUCAGCAGGCCCGCGCGCUCCGUCGAGGAGAAGUCGGAGGCGGCGUCCGAGUCGUCGGCCGCGACCACGGUGGCCGGGCCCGAGCGCUCCCCGUCCAAGCCGCCCAGGUGCCGGCAGGGAAGGGCCGCGCCCGGUGGCGAGCCCAGGCGCGCCAGGCGGGACCGAGACCACGGCGCCGCCGUCCCUGGCGGGCGCGGGCGCGCGUCACCGUCGCCUCCGCCCCCGCGGCGCGACCCCGGGCGCAGGUCGCCGUCGCCCGCCGCGAAGCGGGCGCAGGACCAGCGCCGCGACGCUGCCGGCUCGGCCCCGUGCGCGCAGCGGAAGCCGCCCGUGCCCGCGAGGCCGUGCGGCCGCGCUCCGACGCCGCCACGUACACAGGAGGCGCCUCCCCAGCCACCGGUGGCGGCGAAGCCGCACCCGCACGGUCCUCCUACGCACUGUGCGUCGCCGCCGGCACCGCAGGCACCGGAGCAGGAGUAUACGGAUACUCCCCCAGGCAGCGACGGCGCGGCCGGUGACGGUGAAGGCGAGGGGAAGGAGUCCCUGGAGAACCCGCUGGUGUCCAUGGAAUGCUUCAUCUUCCUGUAACAUUCAUCCUCCCGUGAGUCCGUCAGUAAGUAAUCAGUGCUCCAUUGUCACAGUUAGGAGUAACCAGAUUUAGAAGCCGUGCUGUUUCGGUGAAUGUAAUCUCGCUGGCAACUUCUUCUCGGGCUGGAAUUUUGUAUCCCGGGGAAGAGAUUAGCCCCAGCUCUCUGGUGUACGCAUCUGUACAACUAGUUUGUUUGGUGUCCGGUGUAAUCUGUCCUGUAGACUGUAGCUAAUCCAAGCUAAGCUAGCCAGGGUAUCUCUGUAAUGAACUGCAUUGAUUCCUCUUCC